GCAAAACCAGUCGUCCUUCACUUGACUUCACUCCCUUUGUUUUAUUUUCCAAACCCCCCUUCCCACUUUUAUUUUUCAACAAUCAUGCUCGGAUGGCUGCUGCCCUUUGACAGCACCCUUGCGAACGGUGUUCUCAUCUAUGCGAGCCUGGUUGCGCUGAGCUGGCUCUACCGCCGCCUCGUCGCACGCCCGGGCCUCGCGCACUUCCGCGGCCAGCACGUCUUCAUCACCGGUGGCAGCCAGGGACUGGGCCUGUCGCUCGCAGCCAGCUUUGCGCGCCUCGGAGCGAACGUCACGAUCGUCUCGCGCAAGCUGGACGUGCUCAACCAGGCCAAGGCCGAGAUUGUCAAGCGCUGCUCCGCCUCACCAGGCAACGUGGCAGAUCGCGUGCUGCCCCUGGCGUGCGACGUCACCCAGUUCGAGCAGGUCGAGAAGGCCGUCGCGCAGGCCGCCGCCCACUUCAAGCAGCCAGUUCACACGCUCGUUGCGUGCGCGGGAUCCGCCAUGCCGGGCCGGUUUGUCGACCAGUCCGUUGACGACAUCAAGCGCAUGAUGGACCUCAACCACCACGGGUGCGUCCACGCUGCCAAGGCCGUUGUGCCCGGUAUGCUGGCAAGCUCCGCCAAGGGCCGCACGCUCGUCUUUGUCAACUCGGGUUGCGGUCUCACCUGCUUCUACGGCUAUGCCGGCUACUGCGCGUCCAAGUGGGCACAACGCGGCUUUGCAGAGGCGCUUCGCAACGAGCUCGUAGCGGACGGCGUCCGCGUCUGUGUGUACUAUCCUCCCAAUAUGGACACGCCUGGCUUUGUCGAGGAGAACAAGACCAAGCCGAAGGUGACGGCCGAAAUUGAAGGCUCUUCGGGUAUUCUGACGCCCGACCAGGCUGCGGCGAUUCUCAUGGAAGGCCUUGCCAGUGGCAACGAUGCCGUGACUGCCGAUCCACUUUCCGAGCUGGCACGCAUCCAAUCGGGCUCCAACGCUUCCCCGCUCAACGUCUUCCUUGAUCUUGCCAUUUUGCCAAUCUCCCGCAUUGUCUGGACUGGCGCCUACUUGUUCAUGAACCACGUCGUCCGAUCUGCCCAUCGACAGCAGCAGAAGCGCGACUAGAACAUCUUCUGCGUGUGAAUAGUUCUUUGGGUGCUUCUGUGGUCGAAGCGUGCCAAAAGUUCCAACUGUGUUGACUCUUUGUACAAGUCGACCAAAAAGAAAAAAAAAAGUGCGCUCAGUCCAAUUUCCUCCCUGUUUGGCCUGUUUUUGUC